AUGGUCAUACCGAGACAUGAGGGUCACCAUCAUCAUGACCACUCUAAGGAUAAGAAAUGGGGGUAUCUGACAUUGCUGCUGUCAAUUCUCUAUCUCGUGUAUCUCUACGUCUCAAACUACAUUCACAGCAUCAAAUGGCUCAAGUCUGGGCGAUCUACAGGGGGAAAAAACUGGGUAUUACCCGGUCUGUGGCUGCGUUUACUUGUUUUUGUGGCCUUUUCAAUUGUGAUAUGUCUAUGGGGAAUUGAUAAGGAGACGUUCAAGAGCAAUUUCAGACGGUUUGGAAGAGUGGCAUAUUGUCUUGUUCCACUCAAUAUUUUUCUGACCUUCAAACCGGCUGUCAUUACGGGAACCAACUAUCUGGAUUUGUUGGGUUUACACAAAUGGUUGUCGAGAUGGCUGAUGGUAAUGGCAAUUGUGCAUUCCGUGGGAUUCACGGUUGUUUGGAUCGUUAAUCAAGAGGUAUCUACAUGGUCUAAACUGUUCCAGUUCAACAAUCUCUUGGGCGCCAUCACAUGCAAUUUCAGCAUACUGUUGCUUGUGGUUUCUACCAAGCCAAUCAGACGAAUCAUGUACCAGUUUUUUUAUCUUUUCCACAACGUGACGAUGUGGCUAUGGGUGUUUGCAAUCAUAUACCAUUCGAGAUGGGAGGUUACAUCUUACGGAGCUUUGUGUGGACUUUUGCUGGCGUAUCAGCUAUAUCAGAGAGUCUUUUGUGUGGUAAGAAACCUCACUCCACUCAAUUUCCUGACCAAUGGCGAGCACAACCUCAGUCUGAUCAGACUGCCUAAUCCCAACAAAUUCUCGUUCGAGCCGGGUUCGCAUCUGAGAGUGUACAAAAACCACUCAAUAAGCAAGUUUUGGAACUGGUUCUUGCCUUCACAUCCAUACUCAAUCGUGGCCAUGGAUAUGACGUCGAUCUCGCUGGUUGUCAAAGGUUACAAUAUGUUCAACCCACACGUGCCUCAGCAGUACACCAUCUCCACCAAACUAUACAACAGCAUUCAUCCAAACAUCUUUAAAACUGCGGAGAAUGUGGUUAUUGUCUGUGGUGGAUCCGGCAUCUCUUUUGGACUGCCCAUAUACCAGCACUUUUUGCAGAACAGUGGAAACCUGGACUUGGUGCCGUAUCUGUGUUGGAUAGUCAGAUCGGAUUCAGAACUGUAUCUGCUGGACGAGCUCAAGGUCAAAGGCAUUGAGGUGUUUGUAACCACCGGAUCCGGGGAAAGUGUGUUCAAUCUGGAGGAAGAGAUGUUACUGGCCGACGAGAUAGAGCUGGAAUCGCUCGAACAGACCGAGGAAAAGGAGAAUAAGGUACAUCGUGGAGGAAGGCCUGAUCUACGCGGGCUCAUCGCUCCUAAAAUGGCAUCUACCAUGGACAAGGCUAACAAAUGGGUAGUAUCUUGUGGUCCAGAGGGCCUUGUUGCGGAGUGCAAUAAAAUUGCAAAGCAGAUGAAAGUUCAGAGUCUUUCAGAGGUGUACUCUAUGUGA